ACAUCUUCCAAUCAAAUGUAUAAAAAGAGAGAGACAAAACAAAAGCGAGUAACUCCACGUGCUUACACAUCCAACACUCGUAAUCGCAACUAUUGCUACCUACCCUUCUCUGGACAGCAAUACUCGGAGAAAGUAACGGAGAAUUGUGUGGCUAUAUGGAAAUCUCUAGGGAUUUAUACGGAGUGUGAAGCCAAAGCUGUGGAGAAGUUCUCGGAGAUUUUCAAGGAAGAAACCUUCCCUCCGGGUGCAUCAAUCCUCUUUGCUCUCUCCCCACACGGCUCUCUUACGGUUGCGUUUUCUAAGGAUGAUAGUAUUCCUGAAACCGGGAAAGCUGUGAUCGAGAACAAAUUGUUGGCGGAGGCUGUUCUGGAGUCCAUCAUCGGAAAGAACUGUGUUUCUCCAGGGACCAGGUUGAGUGUUGCCGAGAGAUUAGCUCAGCUGAUGAAGGAGAACAAGGUCGAAGAGGAAGAGAACUGAGAAUGAUAUAGAUUUCUCUUGAGUAUUUGGUGUUUUAUGUUUCUAUGUCGAAUCCUAAUGUUAUUUUGUUUCAAUUGGAUGUUUUCAACUGUUUUUAAGAAUAAUCCAAGAGUAUCAUGGAAUAGGAUGAAAAUUGUGUUA